GGCGCGGUGGCUGGGCCGGGCGGGCGGCGCGGGGCCGGGCAGGGCCGCGCUGGGCCGGGGGAUGCGGGGCGCGGGGCCGGGCGUGCGGGCCGCCCGCGGGGCGCUGCCGCGGACCCUGCUGGUGCUGCUGCUGGCGACGGCGGCGCUGUGGGCGCGGGCGGCCGCCGAGCCCUGCGGCGCGCCCUGUUCCUGCCGCCGCGGCCUGCUGGACUGCAGCCGGCACCGCCUGCCCGGCGGGCCGGGCCCGCGGAGGAUCCCGCCGCUGCCCGCCGGCACCACGGGCCUGGAUUUAAGUCAUAAUCAUUUAUUGUCAUCCAACUGGAGCAUUGAUUUGUCUGUUCAUACACUACAAGAAGUGAAAAUGAAUUACAAUGAGCUAAGUGAAAUUCCAUAUUUUGGAGAAACAACUUCAAACAUAACUCUUCUCUCCUUGGUACACAAUACCAUCCCCGAAAUAAAUGCUGAGCAACUCCAAGUUUAUCUUUCAUUGGAAAAUCUAGAUCUCAGUUCUAAUCUUAUCUCGGAAAUUAAGGCUUCUUCUUUUCCACGGAUGCAGCUCAAGUACCUGAAUCUGAGUAACAACAGAAUAACUACUCUAGAAGCAGGCUGUCUGGAUAACUUAUCUAGCUCACUAAUGGUGGUAAAGCUGAACAGAAAUAGGAUUAGUGUGAUUCCACCAAAGAUCUUCAAAUUGCCUCACGUGCAGUUUCUGGAACUGAAAAGGAACCGGAUUAAAAUAGUGGAAAGUCUUACAUUCCAAGGACUGGAAUCCUUAAAAUCCUUGAAAAUGCAGCGCAAUGGGCUUAGCAGACUGAUGGACGGAGCAUUCUUUGGCCUGGGUAAUAUAGAAGAAUUGGAACUGGAACAUAAUAACUUAACAGAAGUAAACAAGGGCUGGCUGUAUGGUCUGCGGACAUUGCAACAACUCUAUGUUAGCCAGAACGCCAUUAACAGGAUCAGUCCAGAUGCAUGGGAGUUCUGCCAAAGGCUUUCUGAGCUAGACUUGUCAUACAACCAGCUAACUCGCCUCAAGGAGUCUGCCUUUGUGGGACUUGGUUUAUUGGAGAAACUCAACCUGGGUGACAAUCGCAUUAGUCACAUUGCUGAUGGUGUGUUCAGAGGCCUGACAAACCUUCGAACCUUGGAUUUGCGGAACAACGAGAUCUCCUGGGCCAUAGAAGAUGCAAAUGAAGCAUUUGUGGGACUCAGCAGGCUGGAUAAACUAAUCUUGCAGGGAAACCAGAUUAAGUCAAUUACCAAAAAAGCAUUCUCUGGUCUUGAAGGACUUGAACACCUAGAUUUAAGCAACAAUGCAGUCAUGUCCAUCCAAGAAAAUGCUUUUUUUGCCCAGACUCACCUGAAGGAGCUCAUUUUGAACACCAGCAGCUUGCUGUGUGACUGCCAGCUGAAGUGGCUGCCACAGUGGCUCAGCGACAGCCGCCUGCAGACCCCCAACGUCAGCUGUGCCCACCCCGAGUGGCUGGCAGGACACAGCCUGCUCAGCGUGGACCCCGACGACUUCGUCUGUGAUAAUUUCCCUAAACCGCAGAUCAGAGUGCAUCCUGAGACCACGGUUGCCCUGCGAGGCAUGAACGUGACCCUGACGUGCAGCGCUGUGAGCAGCAGUGAUUCGCCCAUGUCCACCGCCUGGCGUAAGGACAGUGAAGUGUUGUACGACGCCGAGGUCGAGAAUUUUGCCAGAUACCAGCAACAAAGUGGCGAGAUGGUCGAGUAUACCACUGUCCUGCACCUCUUCAGUGUGAACUUCACCGAUGAAGGAAAGUAUCAGUGCAUCGUCACCAAUCACUUCGGCUCCAAUUAUUCCAACAAAGCCAAGCUGACUGUCAAUGAAUUACCUUCUUUCCUGAAAACCCCCAUGGAUCUCACCAUCCGCACCGGGGCCAUGGCCCGGCUGGAGUGCGCUGCAGAGGGUCACCCCCCGCCGCAGAUCUCCUGGCAGAAAGACGGCGGCACAGACUUCCCUGCGGCCAGAGAGAGGAGGAUGCACGUCAUGCCCGAGGACGACGUCUUCUUCAUUGCAAACGUGAAAAUCGAAGACAUGGGAAUCUAUAGCUGCAUGGCGCAAAACAUCGCGGGUGGUUUGUCAGCGAACGCCACGCUGACCGUGUUGGAAACUCCUUCCUUCGUUCGGCCCCUGGAAGACAGAACGGUAACGCGCGGUGAAACCGCCGUCCUGCAGUGCAUCGCGGGCGGCAGCCCUGCCCCCCGCCUCAACUGGACCAAAGACGACGGCCCUCUGACCGUCACAGAACGGCAUUUUUUUGCUGCCGCAAAUCAACUCCUUAUCAUCGUGGACGCCGGCCUAGAAGAUGCUGGGAAGUACACGUGCAUCAUGUCCAACACGCUGGGCACCGAGCGUGGCCAUAUUUACCUAAACGUCCUGGCUUCCCCGAAUUGUGACUCUUCCCAGGGCGGCAUUGUCCACGAGGAGGACGGCUGGACGACAGUGGGAAUUGUGAUUAUUGUCGUGGUGUGCUGCGUUGUGGGAACCUCCCUGGUGUGGGUUAUCGUUAUCUACCACAUGCGGAGGAAGAGUGAAGAUUACAGCAUCACUAACACAGAGGAGAUGAACCUACCUGCGGACAUCCCCAGCUACCUCUCCUCGCAGGGAACGCUGUCGGAGCCACAGGAAGGCUACAGUAACUCGGAGGCCGGGAGCCACCAGCAGCUCAUGCCUCCCGCCGGCAGCUACGUGCAUAAAGGUGCAGAUGGUGCCGCAGCGCCGUUGGUGAUCUGCUCAGACUGUUAUGACAAUGCAAACAUCUACUCCAGGACGCGAGAGUACUGUCCCUAUGCCUACAUCACUGAAGAGGACGCUCUGGAUCCAACACUCCCUAAUUUCAUGGUGCAGAUGCCCAAGGAAACAUACCCAGCACGCACCCAGCAUGAAACCAGUGCUCUCGAUAACCUCCUAGCAGACAGAGACAUGUCUGUCUUCCUUACCAACCAUGACAAAAUAAGCGAAAAGAAAAUCUCCUCCCAGCAGAUUAAUGAACCUUUCCAGCUCCCUUUAUGGGGAGUCAGCAAAGACCUGACGUGCUCUCACUCCCACUUUGUGCAUCAGCAGCCAGCCCGUGAGACCCCGCGGCCUCUGCGCAACGAGGGCGUUAUGGACAGCGACCGCGAACAAGCCGCUUCACCCCGGCCUUGCCACAGGUUACGUGACCAUAACUUUGACUUUAAUAGGACACGGAACAUUCAUGACUAUAGCGAAACCACGUAAGACGCUAACAUGAAGCCUUGAAAGCAAAUCCACAUCAAGUGACUUCUUGUAUUUACUACCUCAGGACUAACCCCAAGGCCAAAGAUGCUUGUGUUGCGUGUGUCUGCAAUCCCAGGCUGACCAAACAGGGUCAGACUCCGUAGGAGGAGGCACCACGUGCCCUUUUUCCUUGGAUUUCUGUGUAUUGGAACAUGGGAACGUGCAACAGAACACAUGGAUGAUAUAUCCCCAAGAAUAGCAUUAAAAGGUGGAUUUUUUGAUGUUGGAAGCAGCCUUUGUGUGGGUGCAUGCUUUGAAAAUCUCUCCAGGACGCAUAGCUGUUUCACACCACAUUGUCUGCUCGUGUUCAGGGCCUCCUCGUGGAAUUCCCCAGUAACUGUAAGCGUAAAACUCUUGGCCAGCUUUUUGUUCUUAGAUUGUUUGCGGGCGUCUGUUACCAGUCUAACUCUGGGGCUUGUUUUCUCCUAUGAAUAAUGGACUCUAGUUGUAAAUACAUUUGCAUUUAUAAAUAUUUUGUAUACACUAAGCAUAUAAAUGUGUUGGCUGUAAUGUAAAUAUAUUUUUUAUUAUGCCAAAGUAUGUAUCAUACUGUUAGCCUCGACAGCUGCGGAUCAAGCCAUAUGUUUCUGUCGGUUGUUUGGGGUUUUUGGUGGGACUGAAAGCUUGUUUCUGAGGGGAUGGAGCUGUCUUUUGGGUUGGAAAGAAGUGAAUUUACUCUAGGUAUGUGGCGAAACUGUGAUAUUGAUGCAUUUUGUUGUUCCAUACAACUCUGUGUGCGUUAAGCCCGGCUGACCCGACUGCAGGCUGAUCCAUUCCAUGGCGUGAGCAGAAUUCCCGCUUUGACCCGUGUUGAGAGCAUCCUUCAGUCUCUAUUUAAUUCCCAUUUUGCCCAGAGGAGCAUAAAGCCCAACAAACCCACAUUAACUGUAUUCCAGGCUGGGGUAUCUGGCUUCCAAGAGCUUCUUGUAAAUAGCAAACAAAAAGAAUAGUGCACAAAAUAUUUCCUCCUGCUCAUCUGGUAAAAUAGCUGCAAGAUGGGAGUUCUGAGUGCUUUGUUUCAGAAGCUUAUCUGAGCUUUCAUCUUUAAAAAAGCCUUUGUAUCGUGUAUGUUGCACAGAGGUGUCUGUGUCUUUCUCCCAGCUGCGAGUUAAGUGAACUUUGAAAAAGAAUGUUGUGAUGAGAAGCGUCAGGUAAAUCGUGAGAUCAUUUGAUAAAUGGCUCUGCAUUUGUUUCCUCUGCACAGCACAUGUAGUUUAAAACACUUGUGUUCUGUUGUAAAAUAUCAGGCAAAAUUGUUACCCUAUGGAACUCUUUAAUAGUUCCUUAGACCUCAGCGUGGCCAAAAUGUUUAAAUAUUUGACAGGUGAGUGAUGAAAUGAUAAGCAGGGAGCCACUCAAUAUUGAAAACCCAGUGUUUGCCGAGACAGAGGAAGCGCAAACUUCAUUAGUUAGUGAAAUGUGCCUGACAGAAUUGGAAGGAAGAGCAUUAUAAGACUUCCUGAAGAGAUCUUUGUUCUGGGAAGACGCACCUUUGUGUAGAAGGGCUUGAAGACUCGUCGGCAAUGGGUUUUUAGCCAGUACGAUGUGCUCAGUGCCAGUGUUCUGACGUUAUGCUGAAUACUCACACCAAAGAGCGAGGGGCUUUCUUACUAGUCAUUGUUGCAUUUUUUUCCAAGCUGUAGGAUGUGGAGUAGAACAAAAACAGCUGCAUGGCGUUAUUUUUAUAAAGACAGACAGACCUUUUUGGACCAACCCAAGGGAGGUAUGUGAGAGCUCCCGUCGAGCCAUUCCUAGACAGAAGGGUGUGUGUCUGGAGCAUCAGAUGCAGUCAUGCGGAAUCACAGCUGAAACUUUGGACACUAUGGGUUGAGUAAAUGAGUGAGGAAGUGGUGGGAAUAAUGAUGAUUUUCCCACAGCUCUUUGGGCAUGAACAAUAGGCAGAUCUAUGCAAACGAGCAAAUAUUAUCAAGGGCUCUUACUGUGCUCUCAAAGCCACUGCGGUUGCUUUGGUAGCCAGCAGCUUUAGUAGGGAGAGGAUCCAGUUGUCCAGCAGAGAGAGACACAGGUGUGUUAAACUCUCUUUGGGCUCUGAAAUGUUUUAAUAACAGACAUUCUAAAAGAAGAACCUCAAGCUUAUUCCUUUCUGGUUUUAUUUCCUCCAGGCUUAUUUAAGACAUGGUGCUUAUUUUCAAUCCAAAGUUCUCUCUGUUGCAGGAACCCGGUCCUGUCAGUUUAAAUCCAGAUGAGAAAGGUCAAGACAGGAAACUACAGCAGCCAAAUCUCAUCCUUGUUCCCCAAUAUUCACCCCGGCUGCCAUGGCCGAGUGCUGCUUGGUAUGUGCAGAGCAGGAAGAUGCUGCUGCUCCACCUCCCAUCUCCAUUUUGGCAAGUGCUGUUGACUUUUUCCUUCUGUGGAGUUGAGCUUGCACGGCUCUGUCCCAGUGCAGCUUUGUCCAGACCUCAGGUGUUCUUUGGGCACAACUCCCUGAUGAGAUUCAAUUCCCCAUAGGUAGGUGAGAUGUGCCAGGACCAGGGCUUCAAAAGUAACGCCGUCGGCACCAGAACAAACUGAACCGCUUGCUCUUGAAGCCGUUGAAGAGCUAAAGCUGCAUUUGAUUCUGGGAGAUAUUGGCCUGUAGAGCUGCUAUUAUGAAUUAGGACACUUGCAUCCUUCCAUGUGCAGUGGUAUUUCUUGAGGCCGUAAGCUGGUUGUAAGUAGCUGAAGCCUGUGAGCGGUUGAACACCUUGUCAUGCAAAAGGUUCCGAGGCAGACUGACCAAAAAUGGGGUGUCUGCUUUCCCCUUCCCUGCAGGGGUGCAGGUGGGACGGAGCGGCCCUUCUGUUCUCAGCAACACAAACCGUUUCUUCAAUCAAUGCCAAAGUACUCACAGUGCAGGAACUCCAGAGGUUCAUAAGCAAAGCUGCUCGUGUUCCCUAUUGCUAUGUCCUAGUGUCUAUUUAUAUUUUUUUCACAUACGAAUGUAUAUUUUGUAUAGCAUGUGUAAUAUAUUUGUCUAUUGUAAUAUACCUUCAUUCAAUAAAACGCUAUCUACAUUGA